AACCUUUUGAGGAAGUUUCUAUUUUAGCGCAGCUAUUAGGAGCAUAGGGUAGAUUUACCUUUUAGUCCAGUCAGGUACACAGUAAAGGUGUAGGCUGGAAACUAUGGCGCUCUCAUUCCUGUCUUUGACUGUGUUUUUAUUAACGACUAUGGCUGAGGGGAUACGUUGGCCUGAACAUGUGGUCUGCCCUUCCCAUCAUUUUCAAUUAUCCUAUGUCAGCUGUGAUCCUUUCCAAGAUGUUGGAUUCACUUUAAACCCUUGCACUGAUCUUCACGUCCAAAAAGAGUUCAACACCACAAUCUCAAUUUUGUUACAGCACUCUAUUGAGGAGUUGUACCUGUCAUUGGAUCUACUUGAUGUUAACAAAGAACUACUUCUGCACUAUGAUGAACCCCUGUGUUUGCACCGCCUCCCGCGCUUUCCUUUCUGUGGCCGAAAGAAGGGAGAGCUAAUUAAUCAUGACUGGCCUUUGAAGAUGAAGCCUAGAUGGGAUAUACCUUUUCAUGGUCACUUCAACGUAUGGAUUCAGCUUUUGAACCAAGAUGGCUACCAGAUUGCAUGUGCAAAUAUGGAGGAUGACAAGACCUACACAGACCUUCUUGCAAGCCUGAAGAGGAAGAGGCAACUGACUGCUGAAGAUCUUGCGCUCACGAUGCUGAAGACCAUGAGGGGAUGGAAGAAAUGUCUUAAAACCCAACAUCUCCUCUCAUAGCACUACUACAGACAAUUGCACUCAUUGAUGCACUUAUUACACUCAUUAAUGCACUUAUUGUCUUUUUUAAUCUGUUGUUAGAAAUGCUCCUAAAAGCUUAAAUGUUUUAUCAUGUUGUAAGUCGCUUUGGUUAAAAAGCUUCAGCAAAAUGUAAUGUAAUGUAAUGUGGCGUGGGUAGGGCAGUGCAGAUUGCAACUGAAAACACUGAAUAUAGUGAAUUUUUAUUUAAAGUGUAUUUUAUGUUGUUUUUUACUCUUUUUUUAAACUUUUACUCAAGUUUUAUCAACCGGAAGGGGUAGGAGCUUAGGCCAAAGAGUAUAGAAUUACUUCUAUCUUUGCUUGGGCUUAGUAAACAAAGCAGUGGCAUGGGACGUAGAGACCUCAGAAGAGUUUCACCGAUUACUGGGAUUGAUCAGUUACAUGUUUCUGUUGUAUUGUUUCUGUAGCGUAAUCGUUUUAAGACUUUGACUGUUCUGCAUGUAGUAGAUCCAGCUACUGUAUAAUUGACCGUAUAAUUUGCUUACAUACCAAAUAAAUGGUUUAUUGUU